UCCUCCUCCUCCCGCUGCACCUCCCCUCCUCAUCUCUACUUUACCGCCGCUUCUCCCACCUUCUUUGAUCUCACCUGCGGGAGUCGGGAGACCAAUUCAAGUUAUAUCUAUAUGAUUUUUUUCAAAUUAAAAUCAACUUAAGCUUAACCAAAGGUUGGAUUAACUGACGAUUUCGGUGGAAUUUAUCAGUCGGUUUGUUUUUUCUGUUUAUAUUUUAUUGGUCGCCUCAGAGAGACAAAAAAAUGAUGAAAACGAAAACUGAGAGAAAGAAGCUAUUCAGUUGAGUUACGUAACUAUGUCGUCCCAUAAUUAUCUCCAACAUAAUAUGCCAAAACCAUAACCGCUCCGCCAAUUUUAUAAAACCCCAAACUUGAUCAUUAGCAAAAAUCAAAGAUGGGUCGACUCCACGAGUGGCUCUCUUCAUUAUUGAACGACAGAUGGCUUGUUUUCGUGGCCGCAAUGUGGGUACAGUCAUGUGCCGGCAUCGGCUAUCUCUUCGGAAGCAUUUCUCCCACCAUCAAGACCUCCUUGCACUACAAUCAGCGCCAGGUCGCCAGGUUAGCUGUGGCCAAGGAUUUGGGCGACAGUGUCGGCUUCUUGGCCGCCACUUUGUCUGAGAUUUUGCCGCUGUGGGCUGCUCUUCUCGUCGGCGCAAUUCAAAAUUUUGUGGGAUAUGGUUGGGUCUGGCUUGUCGUCACGGCUAAAACCCCUGUUUUGCCGUUAUGGGCCAUGUGCAUUCUUAUCUUUGUUGGAACAAAUGGUGAGACCUACUUCAACACAGUAGCUCUUGUCUCUUGUGUGCAAAACUUCCCCAAAAACCGAGGUCCAGUUGUGGGAAUACUUAAAGGUUUCGCAGGGUUAGGUGGUGCGAUUUUGACUCAGAUAUAUGCAGUGAUGUAUUCCCCACACCAUUCUUCACUCAUAUGUAUGGUUGCAGUUGGGCCAACGAUAGUGGUCAUCGCCCUGAUGUUCAUUGUGAGGCCAGUUGGAGGUCACAAACAGAUAAGAAGGUCUGAUGGAUUUAGUUUCUCGGUUAUCUAUUGUGUGUGCCUCGUCUUGGCUUGCUAUUUGAUGGGAGUCAUGCUUGUGGAAGAUCUAUUUGAUCUAAGUUACAAUAACGUUGUAAUCUUCACGACCAUCUUAUUUGUCAUUUUACUAAUUCCCAUUGCCAUUCCUAUCACCAUGAGUUUUUAUACGGAGCCAAAAAUAUCGGUUGAAGAGGCACUUCUGCCUGAGCAUAGCAAGCAAGGGCUGAGCAUAUGUGAAGAUGAUACGCACGAGAUCAUAUUUAGUGAAAUGGAAGACGAAAAACCAAAAGAAGUGGAUAUGCUUCCAGCUUCGGAGAGGAAAGAUAGAAUCGCUCAACUCCAGGCAAAACUCGUCCAAGCAGCUGCAGAAGGAGCAGUGAGAAUCAAGAAAAGAAGGCCACACAGAGGAGAGGACUUCACUUUGAUUGAGGCAUUGAUAAAGGCUGACUUUUGGCUUAUAUUUUUCUCUCUUCUAUUAGGUUCGGGUUCUGGUUUGACUGUGAUUGAUAAUUUGGGCCAAAUGAGUGAUUCCUUGGGGUAUGAUAAUACACAUGUAUUCGUUUCCAUGAUCAGCAUUUGGAACUUUCUAGGCCGCAUAGGUGGUGGCUAUUUCUCCGAAAAAAUUGUCAGGGAAUAUGCAUAUCCAAGGCCGAUCGCCUUAGCUGUCGCCCAAGUAAUAAUGGCGAUUGGACAUUUCUUCUUUGCCAUGGGAUGGCCCGGGGCGAUGUACUUGGGUACUCUUCUUGUGGGGCUUGGCUACGGAUCACACUGGGCGAUCGUGCCUGCUGCUGCCUCAGAGUUAUUCGGGUUGAAAAAGUUUGGGGCUUUAUACAAUUUCCUCACUCUAGCAAACCCUACAGGCUCUUUGGUAUUCUCCGGUCUCAUUGCCAGCACGAUAUAUGACAUGGAAGCCGAGAAACAGGCUUGUGGACACCAUCAUGGCCAACAAAUAGUAUCUUCUCUUUCAAGAUUUCUCUUUCUUGACGACCCUUUAAAGUGUGAAGGUGCCAUUUGCUUCUUCGUUACUUCCUUGAUCAUGUCCGGACUUUGCAUUAUUGCAGUUGUUUUAAGCUUGAUUAUUGCACAUCGGACAAAGCCAGUGUACGCUCACCUUUACGGAGGAUCUCAAAGGUGACUUGUUGUAUCUCUAUGCUAAUUCUGGGAAGUCAUGGAACGAACACGAGCCUCCUCUGGAUUAGGAUCAAAGAACCAACAUGGAGAUGGAGUGAAGGCCUCUUGCUUGUUGUUUCACUUUUAUACAGUCUAUAUUGGUUCUAUGUUGUAUCUUGAGGUUAUCUGUUUUUUUUUAUCAAAAUAAGUUGGGAGAUAAAA